GCGGAAAGUGAGCAAAAAUCACAUCCAAUCAAGCAAAGCAGAUGUGCAAAGCAUCCGUGUGUGGGGAAGAAGCCAACAAGAGGCCUCAGGAGAGCAGAGCGCCCAAUAAACUUGUGCAUUUUUCUCUGCCCCCUGCCUCCUCCUAGGCGAUCUCACAUUUUUUGUUGCGUUUCUCCGCCCUUCGGCCACACCGGCCGGCUGGUUUACAUUAGCUUACUAAUCAAAGCGCGAGACCCUAGCUGCUGCCAAUGCCGGGGAACCCCGGUCUCACGCGCACCCACCCCCACUCGCGCGCGCUCCCAUGACAAAUUAAUCCGGCUGCACGUCACGAGCUCGCGCUAUAAAACGCCACGCCGUGGAGGUCAGCUAGCGCAACUGAGCAGCUAGCUCGAUCCAGUGUUCAAGGUUCAGCCGAGUUCGAUCGAAAAACCACCGUGCGUGUUUGUUCGAUCGAUCGAUGGCGGCUCGGGGAAGAGGCAGUGCAUGCAACGGGGCAGCCGUUCUUGGCGCGGCGGCGGCGGUGGUGAUCGUCGGGUUCCUCGUGAUGAGCGCCGCGCCGCUCGCCGAGGCGGCCAGGUACACCGUUGGCGACAGCAGCGGGUGGAGGUUCUACGCCGAGGGCUGGGCCAAGGGCAAGACCUUCCGCGCCGGUGACGUGCUCGAGUUCAAGUACAACGCGGUGGUGCACGACGUGGCGGCCGUGGACCUGGCGGCGUACCGGAGCUGCACGGUGCCGAAGGGCGUCAGGAAGAUGCGGAGCGGGCGCGACAAGGUGACGCUCCGCAAGGGCACGCACUACUUCAUCUGCACCGAGCCGGGGCACUGCAAGGCCGGCAUGAAGCUCGCCGUCAGGGCCAUCUAGCUAGCCUAUUCUGUUGGCUCGCAAAAGAAAAUGGUCAGUCUGAGCUAGUCCGCCCUGUUCGAUUGCUCGUUAGUCUUUUCUCAAUGCGUAGCCAUGUGUGUGACUGUAUCGGUUAGUACUCCUACUACGUUUCAUGGUCAGUUUGCCGGCGUUGUCGUGGUCAUGUUUAAUUAGUUAGUUUGGUCUGGUUGUGAUCUUUUCGUGCUCUGCAAACCGUGAUAAGUAUCCAUCUUAAUCGCAAAGGUCAUGAUACCAAAUUCUCCUGGUUAAUCCAGAUUUAGAUUUGUUUGAA